AUGAAGUUCAAUUCUGCUACCUUAUUUGCUAUUUUAGCCGCUGGCGCAUAUGCCGCUGAUGAAUCGUCUACCUCAUCUGGAUCGGCAUCUGCUUCCAGCGCCUCUUCCAGAUCUGGCUCCCCCACUGCCACCAGCUCCAACUCAAGAUCCACCUCAAACACUUGUUCGUUCUCAAGCGCCACCAUUACCAACGCCACCGCACUUCAACAAGUUGCCUCAUGUUCAACUUUAGAUGGAGAUAUAACCAUCUCGGGUGAUGAGUUUGCCACGAUUGAUUUACCCCAGUUGGAAGAAAUUGCUGGUGACGUUACCAUCACAAACGCCAGAUCUCUUAAUUCGGUCAUUUUGAACCAAUUGACCAGUAUCGAAGGUAAAUUGGCAAUCACAAACAUGACCCAAUUGAUUACGAUUGAUUUGUCCCAAUUGGAAAACUCUAGAGACUUGGAAUUGGUUUCAUUACCUUCUUUUGCCAACUUGAUGUUGAAUCAAGAGAUUGAGGAUGUUGGUAGAUUCACUUUGUCUGAUACUGCGUUGAGCAACUUGAACGUAUUGACUACAUUCACCACUCUCCAAUACAUGAAUAUCAACAAUAACAAAAACAUCACCCAACUUCAAUUUCCAAAUUUGAAAAGUGUCUCUGAUGCAUUGAUUUUAAGUUUCAACAAUGACGAUGCCGUGGUAGAGUUGAAUGAGUUGCAAUGGGCUUCCAACUUGACCAUUCAAUCAGUGCGGGCAUUUUCCGCUAAUGACUUGCAAAACGUUAAUGGCACUUUGCAAUUCAGUUAUAACGUAUUCAACGCAUUGAACCUCUCCAAUUUGUCUUAUGUUGGAUCAAGCUUGCAAGUGUUUGCACAUGAUGAAUUAGCAUCUCUUGAUUUUUCAAACUUGAGAGAAAUCGGCGGCGAGUUGAGUUUCUUCAACAAUUCCGAUUUACAUGACAUGUCAAAUACUUUUCCAAGGUUGCAGACAGUUGAAGGUGCAGUUGCCAUUAGUGGAGACAUUUCUAAUUUGACCAUGAGCAGUUUGCUGAGAGUUGUAGGUGAUUUCCAAUUGAAUUCAACCUCGGAAGACUUCGAUUGCUCUGAAUUUGAUCAAUUACACGACGAUGGUGAUAUUGAGGGCCAUAACUACAUCUGCUCAACUUCUGGCUCCGACAGCACCUUAUCAUCAGCAACUGGCUCCGAAACCGGCUCUUCUUCAACCAAUUCAGGCUUUAGUGGAGAUGGAGAUGCCUCAAAUAGAUCAAAUGCCAGCAACAAAUUGAUUAUCUCAAGCUUGUUGAUGCCUAUUGGAUUAAUCCUUGCCAUUGCCAUGUUGUAA